AUGUCAUUCUUAUCCCGCAGGAAUCAAUUGGGACGAGUUUGAGGCGGAGCGCAGUUCGGCCCGUGCCACGCUGAAUGAGAAAGUGAGCGUGGAGAGAGUCAUCGGUGACAACAACUGGCAGAAUCGACUCGUCGUGUGUGUGAGUGGAGUACAUCGUCAACGCACCGUGCGUCUAGUACCGGUUCAUUGGAUCGCUAGUCUAUACACAGUAUAUUACGCAGUACUUGAUUAGGCCCCGCAUAACAUGCCGAGGGUAGCGCGGAGUAGGUAAUAAUUCCAGUGACAGGAGUGCAGUUGCAGACCAUUGUGUCACUGUCGCCGUCGUCAUCGUUUGUCGUCGUCAUCCAGGGCCACCAUGGGGAUCUCCCUGGCCUUGGCUGGGGUAUUGGUGAUGUUAUUAGCCGUCUACGACUACGGGAUCCGCCUGUGCGGGGUGAGUGCGGGUCCCGUGGAGAGUGUUCGGCUGGACGGGGACGUGGUGCUAGGUGGAUUGUUCCCCGUGCACGAGAACGGUAUCAAUGGGUGCGGGGCGUUCGAUAAAGGCGGCUACCAAAGACUAGAAGCCAUGGUCUACGCCUUGGACAGGAUCAACAAUGAUGACAACCUGCUGCCAGGAAUCCAGAUAGGCGCCUAUAUACUGGAUACGUGUAGCCGAGAUACCUAUGCAUUGGAACAGACUAUGGAGUUUGUCACGUCGACGAUCACAAGGAUAGAUCUGAACGCUUUCACGUGUCCUAAUGGUAGCGUGCCCGCGUAUCAGCCCCCACAACCUACGGUGGGCGUGGUGGGGGCAGCUGGUAGUCCAGUGUCCACUAUGGUGGCUAACAUUCUGCGCUUGUUUAAGAUUCCUCAAGUGAGCUAUGCCUCGACGAGCCCGGAGCUGAGUGACAAGUCACGCUACGACUAUUUCCUGCGUGUCGUUCCCCCGGACACUUACCAGGCACAGGCAAUGCUGGAUAUCGUAACGGCUCUGGGCUGGACGUACGUAUCUACGGUGGCCUCUGCUGGCAACUACGGGGAAAAUGGUAUCAGCACCUUCAGGAAUCUGUCUAGAUCUACAGAUAUCUGCUUGACUGUGAUGGAAGUAAUACCCCGCGACGCCACGGAUGGUACCUUCGACAAGCUGGUCAAGUACCUGUCCACGAUAGAGCACGCCCGGGGAGUAGUAACCUUCGCCUCGGAGACGGACAUCCGUCGGCUGCUGGCGGCCGUGGCCCGGGCCAAUAUGACCGGUCAUUUCAUCUGGAUCGGCAGCGAUGAUUGGGGGACUAAACCCAACCCUGUGGAGGGCCAAGAGGCGGUGGCUGAAGGCUCCAUCACACUGCUACCCGCAAGAAUUCCCGAUAAAGGUUUUGACGAAUACUUCACUUCGCUGACACCAACGAACGGCUCGAGCCGCGUCUGGUUCCAAGAGUACUGGGAGAGGACAUUCCAUUGCACUUUUGAUGUGUUCGAAACUGAGAAGCUGGACAACCCGAAACUGUGCACAGGGGAAGAGACAUUUUCUGACGAAACCUACGAGCAGGAAGGCAAAAUUUCCUUCGUAGUGGACGCUGUUUACGCCUUCGCCCACGCCUUGAACAGGAUACAAGGCGAGCUGUGUAACGGCUCGGCCGGCUUGUGCCCUGAGUUCAUGAAUGUUGAUGGUCACUCGCUUCUGGAUAUCUUGAAGAAUAUUUCCUUUGGAGGGAGCACUGGCACCGUUCGAUUCAACAGAGAUGGCGACAGACCGGGUAGCUAUCAGCUCUACCAGUUCCAAAAGACAGAGUCGGAUGAUUAUCGAUAUGUGCCAAUAGGGACAUGGGUGGAUAAACUCUCCCUCAAUUGGACCCAUGUCAGCUGGGGUGGUAGCGACCCAGACCGCAUCCCGGAAUCAGUCUGCUCCUUACCCUGCGACAUCAAUAAAGGGGAAAAACGCAAGAAACGACCCGGAGACGAAUGCUGCUGGCUAUGCGUCAACUGUGAAUCUUACCAGUAUCUGGUGGACGAGUGGCACUGCAGGAAUUGCACCCUGGGUUAUCAGCCCAGACGGGAUAGGCGAGGAUGCAUCGAGAUCCCCGCGGAGUACUUGACAUGGGACUCGCCCUGGGCCAUCCCGCCCACUCUGCUAGCUAUCAUAGGGAUAGCAUGUACGAUGUUCAUUAUCGUUAUCUUCGUGCGAUUCAACAACACUCCCAUCAUCCGUGCGUCUGGGCGGGAGUUGUGUUACGUCCUGCUCUUUGGUAUCUUGGCCACGUACAUGGCCGUGUUUACACUCAUCGCUAGACCCAGCACCUUAACCUGCUGUCUGCGCAGGAUGAUGCUGGGUCUUUCCGUAGUCAUCUCCUUCUCCGCGCUUUAUACCAAGACUAACCGCGUCUACCGGAUCUUUAACAGCGGCAAGCGGUCGGUGAGAAGACCUAAAUACACCAGUCCCAGAUCACAAAUGGUGAUUUGCUUCGGUCUGGUGUCUGUACAGCUGGUAGGUGCCACCUUGUGGUUGGCAAUAGACCCUCCUCAAGCUAUCAAGACCUUCCCUUCCUGGCACCAGGCUAUUCUAGAAUGUGCAGUCACAGACCUGUCACUGGUGCUGUCCUUGUCUUACGCCAUGGUUCUUAUUGUCAUGUGCACUGUAUACGCCUUUAAAACUCGCAAAAUGCCGGAGAACUUUAACGAGGCCAAGUUUAUCGCCUUUGCUAUGUACACCACCUGCGUUGUGUGGGUUGCCUUCAUACCAAUAUACAUCGGCACUUCCUCAACAGAUUAUAAAAUCCAGCAGACUUUACUGUGUCUGUGUUUCAUUGUAAGUGCUACCGUCACACUGGGCUGCAUUUUCGUGCCCAAGAUCUACAUCGUCAUGUUUGCCCCGCAGAAGAACAAGAAGCCGUCUGGUACCAUGAUGCUCAACAGCCGCAUGCGGUCCACCUGCGGGUCCAUUGAGGGUAAACCCAACGGAGAGAUGAAGGCACAGACGUUAAGCACCAGUGCGGCACCAGUCUCCAAUACAACCUCCUCUGGUAGACUUCGAGUCCAGAACACCAGAGGAAGAAGCUACAAGGUUUUAGACAUUGCAUCACCUACAAACGAGACGUAGGAGAGGCUUUGUAAUCAUCAAUCUUUGGUAUUUGUAAGGUUGGGAAAGAUGAUACUCGUCAAAAGCUUUCUUUGUAAUUACUUUACAAUUUAUUAGACAAGAUUUUGUCAACGUCAGCAAUUGCAAAAAUAUAAAUUAAAAUGCAUGGUGUCUGAUAAUGACUAUUUGUAAUUUGGUAAAUUUAUAAUCUACAUGCAUAACCAAGAGUGUUAUUUUGAGUGUUCAAAAGGCAAUGUAAAGAUUGGAGGAAUGUAUUAUUGUUGCUUGCAAGCAAUAUAAAUAGCCAGUGUGCAAUCAAGGAGAUAAACUCAACAUUGACUUCCCGAUAUUGUGGUGUUUGAGGCAUAGACCAUUAUCAUGUUGCAGCCAUUUGAUUUUUUUCCCCAUUCAAAUCAAUGUAACCAAAGCGAGGCUGGAAGGAAGAGUCUGGUUUUUACACACACAAAAGUGUCACUCAGUGCUGUUAUUGGAUACAGGGAACAUGACUGAAAUGGUGGCAGCAUAAUAAAGGACUAUUACAAACUAGAGUGGUUUAACCUCGUGUUUCUGUCAGCCUCGGAUUUUAAAUUCGCGCCAACUUUAUAAUGUUCCUUCAGGCCCGCCAUAUAGAAUCAGUUUUUGUUUUGUAAAUACAAAGAAAAGAAUAUUCCCGUCAAGUGCAAUUAUUAAAGUUAAAAAAAUCGGAAGAAAAAAAGAAGCGUGUUGCACAAUUAAUAUAUUACAAUAGCAUUGUCGAUAUUUUUCUUCAAAGAAAAUAUGUUGAGGUUUUAUUGCAACGAAAAUUUGCAGAUUAUACUUAAAGUGAUUUACUGGACAAAACAUAUAUCAUGACGUUAUGAGGCUGUCAUUGUGCAAAUGUAAGUCAAAUUUUAGGCAAAAGCUCUUCAGUUAACUCUUUUCAAACCUUGUUCUCCAUAACGUGUUUGAUCAUGUAGAGCAUAUAUACCAUAAUUUGAAUACAAAACAAUACAUUAUUAAUAACUUUAUUUACUCGAGGACUAAGUAUCAUCUUUGAAUGGCACGACUUUGUUGUUUGGUUGCACGGUUACUAACCCUUGAAUGUCAACUCACAUUCACCGUAGUUUUACUGUGCACUAACUAAAUAAAAAAAAA